GAGAGAGCCAGCGGGAAGAGGCAGGCAAAAAGAAAACCUGUACUACCUCCUCGGUUGACACGAAUUGGAAGGCCCCGUCUGAAGGAAACAUGAACCAAGCGCCCGUAAAACUUAUGGUCGAAGUGAAUGAAUAUGAAUUCCACUCAUGCUCGUGAGGUGGCCCAGGCCGAAGAUGCUCAUUGUCAAUCUGGCCACCCUGAUCUCACACCGUCCUCGAGAGUUGAAAUUGAUGGAAACCUGGUUACUCUCAGAUUCGUGGCAAACUUCCAAUCCGGAGAAGGAUGUGGCCGAGAACACAUGAGUUCAUGCCUGCGUCUUCAGUGGCAAUGUCCGGGCUCUGAAUUAACACCUGAAGCUUGUCAGUCAAUCACGGCCAAGCUGGAAGAGGCGUCCGUCAAACUCACUCAAGAGGCCGGUCAUCGUGUCAUAAGUUCGAGAUCGACAUAUUCGCCCGGAACGGAUCAGAAUGCUAUGCUUGCGAAGAAGGAUGCCAGAACCGUUUUCUUGCAGUACGAAAGUGCACAUGAAGCCAUGUUAGCCUUGCAAAAUUUCACCAGGCAAUAUGUUCAAUGUUCAUUCCCGGUUUCGUAUCCGAAAAUGAGUAACAUCUAUGUCAGGGUACAUAGCUGCGAGUGUCCGAAUAGUGCCCUGUCGGGAAAGGCAGGGACUUACCAGCUUCUGACCAGGCGCCCCUACCAUCUCCUACGUCUGGACAGAAGGCAGACGAGAGUGACCAAUCAACUGCGCAGCUUGACAUAUGUCCUGAAUCUGUCGAGUAUGUUGCAACUGCUCACGACGUCACCGGUACACCACUACCAGCCAGGCCUGAUUAUAUUCCGACGACGAUGGAUCAGAUGACGUGGGCAGAAUCAAGUAUGUUUCAGACAGCCCCGACGAGUCUUGCUGACCACAGGAGUGUCGACUGUCAUGAGUACGAUGAAGGAGCUUCGAGAUACCAUACAUACCUUGACGACUGUAAGAUCUAAGUUGGCGAACGCGGGCGUAUGACAUCGUGAGGAAGAAUAUCUAAGGUAGCUAGAGCAGCUGCAAAUGCCAGUGGU